AUGGAAUUGGCUACCGACCCAAAUGAGGCCUACCGGCAGACCCAAUUCCAAAUCUAUAACCUGCAGCAAACGCUGCUGAACUCAUCCAAGGCGGUAGAAAAUAAGGUAAAUGAUCAACAACAACAGGAAGAGACCAGUAUGCACGAAACCGGUGAAUCUGCGUACUCAAGGUACAGAAAAAGCAUUCAAAAUGGUGCUCCAACUCGUACACCCACAGAAAUCGAUUCUCGGCCAAUUUUGGACCUCGUGGCAGGCAAACUUGGCAAGCCACACAGACGUCUGGGUGGGAUUCGCUACGAUCCGUGGAAAACUGGUCAAUUGCAGGCUUCAACGACCAAAAGCACCAAAAAUGAUGUGACCCCUCCAGCUGCUACCAAUACAGCGCUAUUGUCUCCACCGCCAUUUUUGCCCGCAUUUGGUUUCGCAAACAUCAACGCUCUCGUGACCGUAGAAGUGCGUUUUGAAGACCUUAUCGAUGCCCAAUCACCGGUGUCGUCCACCAACCUUCGGGUGACUAACAAUGAACUGUGGGGCUCACAACUGUACACGGACGAUUCUGACCCACUACUCGCGUUGCUUCACAGCGCUGUUUUUACAAGUUCCGACGUCGAUGGCCCUGCAGUUCUUCAGGAAUUGCAAACGCCCGCGAACCUUGAAAAUCCUCAGAAUGUAAAGGGUGAGAUACCUCCUACCCCAACACCGUACGAUCUAAGAAUGGACUUGUUACUGCUCCCGCCUCUCCAGUUCUACAGUUCCACGGUAAAUGGCGCUAUCAGGUCCAGAUCUUGGACUUCAUCCCAUGAUGGGAUAACUUACGGCAUCUACAGUAUAGAAGUGAUUCCAAGAGACCAUUCCCUGCAGAAGAUCGAACCCAAGGACGAAACUAAAGCCGUCAAUUGGUGA